UUGAGAAGUGACGGCUCCCUUUCUCCCAUCUCUUUUUAUAAUUUCCCUGUUUUCACACUAAAAGACAUAUGUUUGGGCUUUUAAUAAAGUCCAGGCUUUUCCCCGCUUGGAAGGAAAUAACCCAAUACCCUGAACCCAUCUUCCAGCGGUCAAGCACGUUGGCCGUAGAAGACACGUACUUCUCAUCAGUCUUCUUUGAGAGGAGGCAAAAUGUUAAGAAGGCAAACAAAUGGAAUUAAAUCCACAACCUGGUUUUCUCAGCAUUCAUGGAGACAAACUUUCUUGAAUGAUUUUCCUGGAAAGUACAUCAAUCCAUUUUCCACGCAAGAUACCAAGGCAUUGGUUCAGCUUGAUAUUGAUUAGCCUGCCAGCUAAGCUUAUUUAAUCUCAUCUGUUUCGCGUAAUUGUAUGCAGUAAGACUAAUGCCUCUACCGAUGGCUCCUUCUCUUCCUCUUCAAGCAGUCCUCUUCUUGCUUCUGCUGUUGCCAUGCUUUGCCACUGCACAAGCCAAUGGUACGGUAACCAUCGGCUCGUCCCUCACUGCAACAGAAGAGGCCUCCGUUUGGCAGUCUCGAUCUGGAAAUUUUGCCUUUGGCUUUCGCCAACUUGAUGACAAUGAGGAUAUAUUCUUGCUGUCCAUAUGGUUUGACAAGAUACCUGAAAAAACAGUAGUCUGGUUUGCGAGGAAAGAGGAUUAUGUCCCUUCUCCGAGAGGGUCAAAAGUGGAGCUUACUUCUGACCGAGGACUGGUGCUCACCGGACCUCAGGGAGAAAAUCUAUGGAAUUCUGAUCCCAUUAUUACCAGGGUCUUGCGAGGUGUUAUGAAUGAUACAGGGAACUUUGUUCUUGAAGAUGGAAGUUCUGAAAGACUAUGGGAAAGCUUCAAGCAUCCUACUGAUACUCUCCUACCUGGACAGGCAAUGGAAAGGGAUGAUCGACUUUAUUCAAGGAAAACUGAGACCAACUUUUCCCAAGGAAGGUUUCGACUUCGCUUGGGCAGCGACGAUGGUGAUCUCGCGCUUGCAACCUUAAAUGUUCCCACUGAGUCUGUCAAUGAACCUUACUAUCUCAGUGGCACAAAAGACGAACAGAAUUCAUCAAAUUCUGGUAACAGAGUGGUGUUUAAUGAAUCGGGCUACUUGUUCAUUUUGAGAAGGAAUGGUGGAAGUUUUGAUCUCACAACAGGGCAGGUUCCUUCAUCUAGGGACUUUUAUCACAGAGCAACUCUCAAUUUUGAUGGAGUCUUUACUCAAUUCUAUCGCCCUAUGGCUUCCAAUACGGGGAAUCAAAGCUGGACUGCCCUCUGGUCCAUACCGGACAAUAUUUGCAUGAACAGCCAAGUAAGUGCAGGAAGUGGAGCGUGUGGGUACAACAGAAUCUGCAGUCUUGGAAUUGAUCAGAGGCCAACUUGUGCAUGCCCUCGAGGGUUUUCUGUCACCGAUCCCGAGGAUGAGUACAGAGGCUGCAAACCAGAUUUCAUGGAAGGCUGCAUAGAAGGGGCUAGCUCUGCAGAAAAUCUUUACAGCAUGGACACCAUAACGGAUAUCGAUUGGCCUACCUCGGAUUAUGAGCUCUUAUCUCCUUAUAAUGAACAACAGUGUAAAGAAUCCUGCUUGCAGGAUUGCAUGUGUGCUGUUGUCAUUUUGAGAGACAAUAGAUGCUGGAAGAAGAAGCUACCGCUUUCGAAUGGGAGAUCAAACAGGAGUGUCAAUGGAAAGGCUUUCAUCAAAUUCAAGAAAGAGAAUUCUCCGACACAAAAUCCGCAACCUUCAGCUCCAAACAGAAAAAACCAGAACGGUUUGAUCCUAGCAAUAUCAGUGCUCCUGGGCAGUUCUGUGCUCAUCAACUUUGUAUUGAUGGGAGCAAUUUUUUUGGGGUUUUUCUUCAUCUACCACAAGAAAGUAACAAGAACUCCCCAAAGUGACUCAGGUAUUGAGAAAACUUUACACAAUUUUACUUACAAAGAGCUUGUAGAUGGCACAGACGGGUUCAAAGAAGAAUUGGGAAGAGGGGCUUUUGGCAUUGUUUACAGAGGGGUUGUAGAACUUGGCUCUAGCACUCUUGUUGCAGUCAAGAAAUUAGACAGAGUGGUUCAAGAACGGGACAAGGAGUUCAAAACUGAAGUGAACAUUAUCGGCCAGACUCAUCAUAAGAACUUGGUGAGGUUGAUUGGAUUUUGCGAUGAAGGACUUUACCGGUUGUUGGUAUAUGAAUUUAUGAGCAACGGAACUCUUGCAAGCUCCCUCUUUGGGGAAUUGAAGCUCACUUGGCAUCAAAGGACCCAAAUUGCGUGCGGCAUUGCAAGAGGACUAGUUUACUUGCAUGAAGAGUGCAGUACCCAGAUCAUCCAUUGUGAUAUAAAGCCUCAGAACAUACUCCUCGAUGACUGGUACAAUGCUCGUAUUUCGGACUUUGGAUUGGCAAAGCUUCUUUACGUGGAUCAGAACCAAACCUACACUGCCAUUAGAGGAACAAAAGGGUAUGUUGCUCCUGAGUGGUUCAGGAACAUGCCCAUCACUGUGAAGGUGGAUGUGUACAGCUUUGGGGUUUUGCUGCUGGAAAUUAUAUGCUGUCGAAGAAGCGUCGAUAUGGAGAUUGGUGGAGAAGAGAGAGCGAUUCUGACCGACUGGGCUUAUGACUGCUACUCGGAGGGUACAUUAGAAGCUCUGGUUGAAAAUGAUGAGGCCGCCAUCAAUGACAGGAGGAUGCUGGAGAGGCUAGUGAUGGUUUCCAUUUGGUGCAUUCAGGAAGACCCAUCUCUGAGACCCACCAUGAAGAGAGUUCUGCUCAUGCUUGAAGGAAUUGUUGAGGCUCCUUCACCCCCAUGUCCAUUUCCAUAUAGUUACAAGAAUUAGAACAUGCUAGCCCCCCCCCCCCCCCCCCCCCCCCCCCUCCCCUUCUUGUUCUUUGUGUCAAAAGGAAUGGGAGUGAUCUCAUCAUCUUAACAAAUGCUUUAUAACCACAUGUUUUGGUAUGCGGAAAUAGAAUAGAAUCGAUAGGAUAUUCCUAGACCAUUCCUUCUGCAAAUCAAAUGUGAUUUGCUCAUUUAUCAAUGGUCUUGUUGCAACACCCAGUUGUCUUUGUAUCUGCUAUAAGAUCACAAACCAGUUUAUCAA